AUGUUCGGUAGCACACUUCGAUGUACGGAUACGAAUGGUAAACGAGAAUUAGCACGAGGCGACUUUGAUUUGAAGAUGAUGAAAGAAUACAUAAAUCAAAUUCCAAGUAGAGAUGGAUACGAAGAAUGUCAAAUAGAUAUUUAUGUCACUUCGGCAGGUGGUAAAUAUUCAACCAUUCACUUUUACGGAAACAAGAACAAAACAAAACUCGAUGGACACAAUCAACUGACUAUACAAACAAGAAUAGCGCAAUCAACCAAUACUGGUAUUGACAGUCCUCCACUAGUAUGGAAAACAAUCGAAUUCACGUGUCAGAAUAAAGAUACUUGUAAUCAACAGUAUCUACUCGAUCAUUUUGACUUGAUAACUUCUAUCGAUUACAGUCCAUUAGCUAGCGCUCUAAAAAUUGUAUUGGAGAUUCAGAAGUCUAGGGCAGACUAUUGCGCGCUGAAUAAUACUGAUAAUGCGACGAUGUGUUCAAUCCCAACUUGUACCUCAAUUCAUAUCCAUCGAUUGAAUCAGUCGAUACAGAAAUGUGUAGAUUAUGACGAUGUACGGAUAGGAAUUGAUAUCCAAGCUGACAUUGAUCUAUUCUAUAGAAAAGAUGAUAGAGACAGGUUUGUAGUGAACUUAGAUAUGACGUCAACGUUGAGAAGAAUUCAGUAUUGGUGUCGAUAUGACAACUGUAACAACCGAGUCAUCGAAGAACAAGUAAAAUCCGUAGUUGGCAAACUUUAUGAAAUCCGUAGCAUACAGGAAAUAUUUCGAGAACGAUUUCAAAAGGAUCAUGUGACAUCAACUAUUUCUACUACGACAAGAAACGAACACGCACAUCUUGAAUACUCAUUUUUAAGUAUACUUGUUUAUUGUAGUAUUCAAUUGAUUUUUUUUCUUCAAUAA